UGUUACCCAACCAGGCUGGGGAUUCCCAGGCUAGAACGCGCUGUAGCCGGCUCCUGGUGGGCUCUGCGGGGAAAGGGGCCGCCUGGUGUAGCUGGAGGGGUCCCUGCUGAGCGGGGAACAGAGCUGGGGCCCCAAGGAGGAGCACCCAGGAGACCCGACACUGAGACAAAGGAGAAGGAAGGCACAGACCAGAGAGCCGAACCCUCAGGAUGAAGCACAUAUCGAUCCACUGGUUCCGUAAGGGUCUUCGCCUUCACGAUAACCCUGCCCUGCUGGCAGCAAUGACAGACUGCCACAAGCUCUAUCCCAUCUUCAUCCUCGACCCCUGGUUCCCAAAGAACAUGCGGGUCAGCGUCAACCGCUGGAGGUUUCUGGUCGAGUCGUUGAGAGAUCUGGACGAGAGCCUUCAGAAACUGAACUCAAGGCUGUUUGUGGUGCGUGGCCGCCCCACGGAGAUAUUCCCGGUCCUCUUUAAAGAGUGGAAGGUGACGCGGCUGACGUUCGAGAUAGACACGGAGCCCUACUCCAGGCAGCGUGAUAGCGAGGUGGCGAGCCUGGCGGCUGAACAUGGCGUUCAGGUUAUUCAGAAAGUGUCCAACACCUUGUAUGACACUGACAGAGUAAUUGCUGAGAACAAUGGCAAGGUGCCUCUGACCUAUGUGCGCCUGCAGACGCUCCUGGCGGCCCUGGGACCACCAAAGCGGCCCGUGCCAGCUCCCACUCUGGAAAACCUGAAGGAUUGCUGUACCCCCUGGAAAGACAACCACGAUGCAGAGUAUGGGAUCCCUACGCUGGAGGAACUGGGUCAGGACCCGGAGCAAGCAGGUCCUCGCCUCUACCCGGGAGGAGAGUCUGAGGCGCUUUGCAGGCUUGACUUGCAUAUGAACAGAACGGCCUGGGUGUGUAAUUUCCAGAAGCCCCAGACUGAGCCCAACUCCCUGAACCCUAGCACCACCGUGCUGAGCCCUUACAUCAAGUUUGGAUGCUUGUCAGUGCGAACCUUCUGGUGGAGGUUGGCUGAAGUCUACCAGGGGAGGAAACACUCCAACCCGCCCGUGUCUUUGCACGGGCAGCUCCUGUGGAGGGAGUUCUUCUACACGGCAGGAGCUGGGAUCCCCAACUUCAACAAGAUGGAAGGCAACCCCGUCUGCGUGCAGGUGGACUGGGAUAACAAUCCAGAGCACCUCAGAGCCUGGAGCGAGUUCUUUCCCUGGCAGGGCCGGACAGGCUACCCCUUCAUAGAUGCCAUCAUGGCCCAGCUGCGCACUGAAGGCUGGAUCCAUCACCUGGCCCGGCAUGCUGUGGCCUGCUUCCUGACUCGAGGAGACCUGUGGAUAUCCUGGGAGCAAGGGCAAAAGGUCUUUGAGGAGUUGCUGCUGGAUGCUGACUGGUCCCUGAACGCUGGCAACUGGCAGUGGUUGUCGGCGAGCGCCUUCUUCCACCAGUUCUUCCGCGUCUACUCGCCCAUCGCCUUCGGCAAGAAGACGGACAAGGGCGGAGAGUAUAUCAAGAAGUACCUCCCUUUCCUCCGGAAGUUCCCCGCUGAGUACAUCUAUGAGCCCUGGAAGGCGCCGCGAAGCGUGCAGGAGCAGGCAGGCUGCGUGAUUGGCCGAGAUUACCCCAAGCCCAUCGUGGUGCACGAGGUGGUGAGCAAGAGGAACGUGGAGCGGAUGAAGGCAGCCUACGCCCGGGGAUCGGCCAGCACCACGGCCCAGUUGGAGGGAGGGGGUGGCAAGAAAGGUGCCAAAAGGAAGACACCUGCUGGUCCCUCUGUGGCCGAACUCCUGACAAAGAAACCAAAGACUAAGAGCAGCUGAAUUCCUCAAGCACUGCCAGUGGAUCUUGACAACGGGCCAGUCUCUUCUGUGCCACAGGGGGAGAACCCCAGGCAGCACAAGAGCCCAUUCACAUCCCAUUUGGGCUUUAUGAAGAGAGGCUCUGGGGUCUGUUCUAAUCCCUUGACUGACAGCUAGGAGCCCUGGCCUUCUGAGUCCAGGGAAAGCCAUGGUGGGGUUUUGGCACUACCUCUCUUCUUGGCUCAGGAAACUUUCUCAUGCUGCACCCUUUCGUUCAGCCCCUUGAGCCUGUUCAGCGAACUGUCCUUUGGUGCUGGUGCUUUCUAUGCUGCUCCCAGGCCAGAGGCUGAGUUUCUCUUUUGGAAAGGCCAUUGCCAUUGAGUGGAUCAGUUUGUCUGAGUGCCUUAGGGUGAAUUCACCCUACAGCACUCGGGGAGGUAGAUGUUUCACCACCCCUGUUUUACACACAAGUGAACUGAGAAACCGAGCUUACUAGGCAGAUUUCCAAUGGGACCUGCUGGAUCCCUUAAAAAUCUGGCCAUAAUUGACUUGCUCAGAUCACUGAAGGAGGCAGAGCUGGGAACUGAACCCACAUCUUGCACUACAUUCCAGUGCCUUCCACACAAGGUCCCCUUCCCUGGUUACUGCCCACUGCUUUCUUUAUGCGGGUUGUUGCAGACAGUUAGCCAAAGGGUACAUUUUAAACUUACCUCUCAGCAAAACAGUUCGUGCAGCCACCGACUCCUCUGGCCUGGGAAACGCCCCAGACUGCUGCAUUGUGGGCUGGCUCCAAAGAAGCCAAAAGCACAGCAGGCUGUCAGGGAGCGGAAGAAUUUUUUUUUUU